ACGCUUUGAAUAAAUUCAUGACGACUAACGAAAUGGACACAAGAGUUGGCAAAUUGUCCGCAAGAAUUAAACAGCUUUUGAAUGUCAAGACCGUCGACGACAGGGCGUUGGCGGAGAUCAACGCAAUCGUCGACCACUUAUACGCCAACCGAAAAGUAGACGAAUGCAAGAAUUGUAUACUUUUUAUGUUAUCCGACGCUAAUAAGGGCGCCGACGGCGACGACUGCUUAUCGAAGAAACAAAUUAUAGACAACUCUAUUCUGUUCGCAAUCAUGGGAUUUAAAACCUCAAUGACAACUGUUUGCCAUCUGAUCCAUCAUUUGGCGGCCAAUCAAGUGAUUCAACAGAAACUGAUCAAAGAGAUUGACGAUGUCUUUGAUGAAAAGCCCAACAAUAAAAGCGACAACAAAGAGGCGAAGGAUGAGAACGAAGAGGAAAACAAAGUGAAAAUCAAUGAUAAAAAUGAAGAAAAAAGUGAAAAUAAAGACAUGAAUGAAGAAAAAGUAAAGGAAGAAGAAAAAGGAGAGUCAGAUGAAGGAAAUGGAUUUCUAGAGACAAUAGAGUCGAUGGAGUAUUUGGACGCAUGUAUUAGAGAGACGCUCCGACUGUACCCACCCGUGCCUAUAAUCAAACGAAAGGCCACAAAAGCGGUUAAAUUAGGCGACAUAUGUGUGCCUAAAGGCUGUCAAAUAUUUAUUCCGGUCAGUGCUGUGCACAGAGACCCGGAUUACUGGCCAAAACCCGAGUCAUUCAAACCCGAGAGGUUUGUGCUCAACGAUAAGUCCUCAAAGAAGAUGAAGCGCUCGUUUCUGGCGUUUGGCGGCGACGGACCCCGAGAUUGUCCCGCGAUGUCAGUGGCGUUACUCGAGAUCAAGUUAUGUAUCAUAAGUCUACUCAAGAACUAUCGUUUCGCCAAAUGCAAGGAAACCAAAUCAUUACAAUACCACUCAACUAAUGAAAUGUUUUCGUCAAUCACUCCCAACAGUGUCUUUGUUAAAGUGAUCCGAAGAAGUAGAGGUAUUCUUGAAUAAGUGCUAUAGUCUUGUCUCCUAAUAGUCUUGUCUUCUUAAUGGCACUUAAACUGAUGGGUAAAACAGUUAACAAAUUCAAAUAAAAAGCAC